AUGCCUGGCCCAGACGAUGUGAUUAAGGAAAUAGAUAGAGUCACUUUGUGGACCUUUGAGAAUAUCUUCAUGCAGGUAUACUGGGCAGAGGAGAAAAAAGAGGAGAGCGAACGUGGAAUAAAGACUCUAAGGGACUAUCUUCACCUGGUUUCGACAAUAUCUUCGCGCUUGGAGGGUGGGAAAGUUGAGGUUGAUAUAUGGUGUGGCCACAGCUUUCUUACCAAAGACUAUCCCGAAGGCACACCUGAAAAAGACAAAAAUGACCCCAAGCUAUUCUUCGACAGCCGCCCUGCCGAGAGAGGUGGUCAAACGGCUGUAAGGCCGCUCUCUACCUGCGGUACAACUUUUUUACCAGAUGGAACGGAGGAAAACCUAUUCGCCUUCACAGAAGAUAUAACCACCCCGACGGGGCCCAUCGAGCUGAUUGUUAUCUGCGCGGAUAUGUUUGAGCACUGGAAUACAAACCCAAUCGGCAUCAGUGGCUCGCUGCAGAAUCUUCGCACUGCAACCUUGGUCAAACGCCCUCCACUGGACGUUUUGACGUGGAAUGUUGCCACUCUGCUACUUCAUGAGAUCUCCCACUCGGCUUUGAUGGGUCCUGGCGAUGGGACGAGGGACCAUGCUUAUCGCUGGAAGAAUCUUGUAAAGCUCACGGGGGAGAAGGCACUGAAUAAUGCUGACAGCUUUGCGUACUUUAUUAUUGCAAUGUACUUUGACAGGAAUAACUGGGCGUCCGGACUGGCCAGGGCACUCCCAGGGGAUGGCAGCGGCGUGGUUGAUGCUGAUGCCGAAGACUAG